AGAAGAGAAAAGCAAGAGAAGAAGAGAAGAGAAGAGAAGAAGGGGGGAGAGAGAGAGAGAGAGAUCUAAUCUCAAAGAGAGAUUUUUCCCCUUUUUGCAGGGUUUGAUAGAGAUUUCGGUAGGAAUUAUAACAAUCGGCAGAUCUGUGCUUCGAUUUGUCGGAGAAUGGAAGCUGAGAGAUGAGUGGAGGAGGAGAGGGACUGAUCUAGGGUUUGGUUUGAUGAGAGGAUUAGAAAGAGGAGAAGAUGACGGAUAGGAAUCGAGAAGCGAGGAGAGCGAACCAUGGCGGCCGUCAACGGCGGCGGCGGCGGCGGCAGCAUCUCAAGGAGACGGCAGCAGCGGUCGACGAAUCUGAGGGAUUCGCCUGAAGAGGAUGGAGCUGUGGAGACGCAGGAGUCAUCGAGACUUCGAGAUCGAGGAAUGAAGAAGGAUCGAGAUAGGGAUCGAGAGAGAUCGAGCAGUCGCAGCAAGAGGAGGCGAGGGGAGAGAUUAAGCAGAGGAGAAGAUAGCUCUGAGGAAAGUAUGGAUGAUGGUGACGACGAGGAGGAGGACGCAUCGGUGGCGGUGAGGUUGCCGGCGGCAAAUCCGUCGGCCAUUCCGUCGUCAUCUUCUUCGAUUCAACAGCAAAAUCAUCAUCAUAGUCAUAAUAAUAAUCAUCAUCGGAAUAGUAGCUUCUCGACGAAGCCGUCGAGGCCUGCAGCAGCAUCGUGGAAGGUAGCGGAGGAGGUGAUUGGGGUUUCUAUACCGAGGAAAGCGAGGACAUCAUCUUCGAAAAGGUCACAAGAAUGCUGGGUUGCAAAUGGAGAGCUGAUCAAUCGGCAGGCCUCGACUUCUCCGGCCAGGCAAAGCCCUUCAUCGAAUAGAGCAAUCUCUCCAUCUUCAUCGAACGCUUCACUUCGAAAAAAGAAGAUAUCGAGUGGGAAUAAGCAUCGGCCGCCGAAGAUGAUAAAGUCACCAUCUUUUGUUCAAGAGAUUGAGAUGGAGGUUGCAGAGGUCCUCUUUGGAAUGACAAGGCAAACACAGCCGGCGGAGACCAAAGAUACCAAUGGCUUGAGCACAGACGCGAAAUCGAGGGCCUCUUCUCCCAACUCAAUCUCUCAGACUCCAGCGGCUUCUACCAAUUUGCCUAUGGCCACCACUGGUCCAAAGAGGAAAAGGCCACGUCUUAAGGUUGAAGAUGACAGCUCAACAAGCCCAGCGAGCUCUGUGGCCCUGUCGACGAAGAUGGAGUCUGAAAUGCCCCAAAAAGCUGAGGAUGUUUCUUCACCGAGAUUGGAGAAGAAGACUUCGGGACCUUCCGCCAUUGAAAACGGUAUUGGUUCAAGCGAUCCGAAGCGUUCUGUCGAGGCCCAGCAAGAUCCGGCGAAGCCCGAAAACUGCAAUCAAGUGAAGGAAGAGGUUUCCGUUUUGCCAUCUAAGUCAAAUGUCAAUUCCGAAGAAGCUACAGCAGCAGUAGAAGCCAAAGCCCCACCAGCCAAUGGAAGCCCUCGAGAAGAGAAGUUCAGAAUCGAUCUAAUGGCUCCUCCACUUCCUGAGAAGUCGUCUUCAGAGAGGGAUGGCUUAUCAGACUUUGCUUCUGAUUCCAAAUCUACGGGCCCAGAGAAGAAAAUGAUGCCUGGAUCUGAAAUUGAGAAUGGAGAAGUGAAGUUAGAGAAAACCUCAAAGCAUGAGGGGACUUCUGAUCAGCAGAAUGCCGGAAAUUUCCUGUCUUGGGAACUAGAUUUGAAGAAGCAAGGUUCAUCAGAGAAGAUGCCCACUCUUCAACUCGAUCUAGAGAAGCAUGAUAAAGAUGGUCUUAGUAUUGGUAGCAAUGGCAAACAUCAGCAGGUCCCUAAGCAGCAAGCAAAAUCUGGGAAACUUGAUUCUAAGCAGGAGAAGCCCGCAUUAGCAGCAUCUUUGCCUUUGCCUGUGCCAGUUGCUGGUUGGCCCGGUGGUUUUCCUCACUUUGGGUAUAUGGGUCAAGUUCCAUCCAUUCAAGCAGUUGUACCCAUGGAUGGAGCCUCAGGAGCCGCCAAGCCUUUACAGCAACCUUUGCCUUUCCCUCAACCACAAAAUCGACCAAAGAGAUGUGCAACCCACUGCUACAUUGCACAGAACAUUCACUACCACCAGCAAAUUUCUCGCAUAAAUCCAUUCUGGCCAUCACCAACAGCUGCUGGUGCUCAUCCUCUCUAUGGGUCCAAGCAAUACAAUCUCAAUGCAGUGCCAGCAUCAGACUCAGCAGCAAUCCUUGGUAACCCAUUACAGGGAGGAUAUCCUCCAAGAAGUCUGGCUCCAUUGCAAGAUAAAUCUCCAAUGGUAACAAUCGCUCCCUCUAAAGAGAAGAGCUCGACUCAAACAAUAGCUAACAACUAUUUGGAAGCUGCACAGAGGAAGCAGUUCUUGCUUCAGCAACCUCCUCAACCUGGAUCUUCUUCAGCAGUCCCAAACAUGUUGCAUGCCCCUGCAUUCAUUUUCCCCAUGAAUCAGCAACCAGCUGUUGCCCCUAAUCGAGCGACGCCAACCUCAAAAUCUACUCCUGCAACUACCACCAAUGCAGCACCUGCAGCUGCUUCUGCUAGUUCAGCAGCAGCAGCAGCAGGAGGAGGAGGAGGCUCUGGAGCAACUGGGCACUCCUCAGCAACUACCAUGAAUUUCAACUAUGCGGGUUUAUCUCAGAAUGAUGCUCAAUAUAUGGCCAUUCUUCAGAACAAUGCAUACCCAUUUCCUAUAGCUGCACCUCCAGCUUAUAGAGGAGCAAGUCCAGCACAAGGCAUGCCUUUCUUCAACGGGCCUUUCUACUCACCGCAUAUGGUUCCUUCUCAGCAGCAGCAACAGCAGCUAAUCCAACAACUUCAGCAGCAGCAUCAACAACAGCAUCAACAUCAGCAGCAGCAGCAGCAGCAGCAGCAGCUUAGGCAACAGCAACAGCAACAGCAGGGGAACCCGAGCACAUCAAGUGGUUCAUCAUCCUCUCAUAAACAAGCACAAAAGUCACAGAGGGUGCCCGGAAGUGGAGCUUCUGCUGCUUCCAACUCCAAUACUAUGCAUUUACGAGAUUCAAAGGACAACCCAUCAACAGAAGAUAGUAACAAGGCUUCACAAGCUCAGAAAAGCCUAUAUGGUCAAAACUUUGUCAUGCCUCCGAAUUUUGCCCUGGUCUCUGGUGGGAGUCAUAGUGAAAACAAACAGGCUGGAGCUCAUCAGCAGCAUCUUCAAGCUAUGAAGGUGGAGCUCACCCCGUCUCAGGCUCAGGCGUAUGCCAUGUCCUUUGCGUCUUUCGGUGGAUCCAGUGCCGGAGCUGUUCCCAGUUUUGAUAUCUCAGCCAUCGUUCAGAAUCCUGCGCUGAUACAAACCCUUCCAGAUUUAGCAAAGCAUGGGUUUCAAAUUCCGGCAGCCGCCGCCGCCACCACUGCCGCUCAGCACAAAAAGGGUCAUAAUGAAGAUGGGAAAUCUGGAGGGGAUUCCGGGACUCCAAUUGCAAAUGCAGUUACUGAGGGGAAAAACGCCACAUCUGCUACUGUUGGGGAUGGAAAGAAUGGUGGUCAGCAGCACUCACUUAGCUUUGCGAGACCUGAUAGUGAACCCACAGUACCUAAUUUCACGAGCAUCCUCGGUAGUGGCAAUCACCUGAUUCUUAAUGGUGGCCGGCCAUUGAUUCCACCUCCAAGUUCUGCUCCCUCGUCAACCUCAGCUCCAUCUGCUAGUGUUCCUCCAAGUUCUCAACAGCAGCAGCAGCAGCAGCAGCAAAUGAUUCAGUUUCAGAAGCAGCAGCAGCAAAGAAUGAUACAACUACAGCAGCAGCUUCAUCAACAUCAGCAACUACAGAUACAACAGCAACAGAACUCAUCUCGUGCUGUAAAAUCUUCUACUGCCAAUACGACGACAACUGCUAAUGUCAGUUCACCCUCCAUGGCUGCUAGAUUCCCUCAAGGUUCACUAACCGGGUUCCCUCCAUCUGUUCACUCUCCUCAGUGGAAAGCUUCAACCAGAGCAGCAUCAACCUCUGCCUCUGCCUCCUCUGCAACGUCAUCAUCCUCAUCGGCAAAGAACCAAACCCCUCAACAACAACAAAUUCAGCAGCCUCACCUCACUCCAAACCCUCACCAAACCCAGAUAUCAUUUGGUGUCACUUCAUCCAAAAGCAACAACUCUGUAACAGGCAAUAGUGGGAGCCCACGGGCAUCUCCAAGCUCGAAGCCUGGACAACAACCCACAUUGCCCUUACAGCAGCAGCAAGCUAAGAAUUCACCCAUUACCACCAAUACAAACAACAGGAGCAUAACAUCAAUCCUUGGCCAUCCGCACAGCAACAAACUUAGUCCUCAUCAGCCUCAGAAACAGCCACAACUUUUCUUCAACCCGUACAACAUCCAAGCCCAAACCUCUCAGCCCUCCAAGGCCGGAUAUCACCAGCAACAUCAACAUCAACAGAACUCGAGCGGCUCAGGGAUGCUUUCACUUUCCUCAUCUUCCCCAACAUCGGACCCCACGAAGGCAUCAGCCAAGGGAUUGAUGACAUCCAUGGCUCCUCAUCCUCUUAUGGCUACUAAUUUCCCCUAUAGUAAUGCAAUGUCAUCAUCAGUUUCGGUCAAGCCUGAGCAGAAGCAGUCUAUAACUGGAAAUGACAAUCUGCACGCUUGGAAGGCUGAGAAGAGAUGACACCUGAGUUUGAUGAUUUGACCAUGGCCCGCAAACCGGCCAGAGGAAGAAGAGGCAGGAAGGAGCGGAGGAAGAGGAAGAAGAAGACCCAGUCCUCAAAUUUUGCAGUGAAGGAACAAGGCCACCCCUCCUCCUCUAAACACCCGUGCGGCGCGCGCCCACUAACCCGCCUCUCGAAAGAAAGGAAGGGGAAGGAAAGGUGUGAAUUGGCGGGUGGUGGACCACGAGGUCGAUGAAUGGGACCCACGUACCUUUUGGUUUUGGAUAUUAAUUUAUUAUUAUUUAUGUGGGGAAAAAAAAUAUAGAUGGGCUCAGCUGACCUGUGACCAAUGUGUAGAAAAUAAACAUGGAAUGGGAAAAAAUGCACUGUUUUAAUCUUUUUUUUUUUAAUUCAUGGGGACAUUCUGUAGAUCAAAGCGCCAACCGCCAUUGUUAUUGCUAUAUUAUCGAGGGACCGGUGAAGUUGUUAUU